UUUAGUUAUAUUUUCAAUAAACGGUUAUCGUUCACAGUGUAAUCGUACAUUUUACAAUAGUUAAUAUUGUUGCUACGAACAAGGAGGCAAUUAACAACUGACAGACGGAUAUUUAUAUAUAAUUUUGGUUUAAUUAAAUCGACAAUGGAGCAAAGUUACAAGCAUAAGAAAAUAAGGAUUCUGAUUGUGACUGCAUUGCUGGUAAUGACACUAGCGUUCACGUUUCAACACACAAACGUCUUUCAAACACAAGUAUUUCAUGCAUCUACAGAAACUACGGAAUUAAUGAUCAGUAACACUUCAUACGGCUAUGGCAUCAGUGAUCCACGAGACCCAAGGUUUUACAACAUCAUGCUUGAAGAGGACGCGCUCAUGUUUAAAUCUUGCAAAGAUGUUACUAAAGCAGCUUCGAUAAACCACUCAAAAAUAUCACUGGCAGAUCGUGUGAGUGGGACUUACAAUAUUGGUGAAGAUAUUCGAGCUAUUGUAACACUGUACGAUGGUUAUGGCAAACGUAAACAUUCCGGGGGAGAUCAGCUAAGAGCAACAAUAGAAAACAAAGUGCUUAAAGCAUCUGCCCCUUGUGUUGUGACUGAUAAUAAUGAUGGAACGCAAGCGGUGACAUGUGAGGCAUUAUGGAGCGGGACUUCAACAAUUCAAGUAACUUUAGCAUAUACAAGAGAGGCAAUUACAGCCAUAUAUAGGAUACGAACGCAAGUUUUGUCCACCAGAUACAUAGGUUUAAAGUUCAGGAGUGGAUCUUACGAAGAAACUACUAUCUGUCAUCCAAACGCUACGCACCUGCUGAAGUUAACUAAUUACACAGAUGUUUGUGAUAUGACUGAAGUUAACUUUGGAAUGUCGUUUUAUUGCGGAAAACCACAGAAUAAGCACUUGCAGUGUCAGGACAUGCAGCUGGUAGAAGCUGUUAACAUACCAGCUCCGGAACUUCAGUUCACAGGAUGCGAGAACAUUCUAUUGGAAAGAGGACAGCAAACAUUGAAACAGAAUUUAGCGGUUAACGUACGUAACAAGAAUGGAGAUAGUCCUCAUUCAAUUAUAGAGAAACCAUCCAUACCUUGUGCAAAGUACAACAUUACUCUUCUCUGGUUGUCUAGGGAACCAACAGGCUUCUUUUAUGAUGGAAAAUGGAAUCUACGAAAUUGUCUCGGUUUCCAACAAAAUUAUUAUCAGACGUGUCUUAAAAAUAGGAGGUUAUAUGUGUUUGGCGAUUCUACAUCCAGGGCCUGGUAUAAAACUAUCCUUAAGCGUUUCCAAUGUCGACAAACUACAGAAAAAUGGCAAUUUGAAAAAUGGAAAAAAGAUUCCGAGUGUUACAAUAGACAAAUUAAUUUUAAGGUAGGAUGGUAUCCACAAGCUCAACCAUUCUUCGCGCGAACAUGGGACGAUAUGCGUGCAGCUUUAUAUUCAAUCUCCGGCCGAAUAGACAGAAUACCACGCAAAGAACGUGCUAUUAUAGUUAUUCAUUCAUAUAUGCAUAUGGUAGCUUUUCAUCAUAGUGUUUUCAAACAAAAAAUGGAAAUAAUUCGUGAAAGCGUUGACAAGUUUUUAAGAAACAAUAAACAAUCUAUAGUUAUGAUAAAAGCACCACAUACAUAUGAGGACACGCCAGCCGGAAAAUAUAGACUUAGUGACUAUUUUGGAUAUGUGUAUAGCAAAAUAUUGUACGAAGUAUUUGAGGGUUUACAUGACCGUGUUGUUUUGUUGAAUAAUAGAGACACUACUAUAGCUCAACACGUGGAAUGGAAUCAUCCACCAAAAAAUAUUAUAAAUGCUAUGAUAGACCAAAUGCUAAGUUAUGCAUGUAUUAUGAAGUAGUCAAAACUAAGAAGAAGAAAAAAACAACGACAUAAUUUAAAGCUACUCGCCCACAGUUCGGGUGAAAUUUUUCAACAUGUUCACUUCUACCGAGUUUGGCAUAGAAUGUGUAUAUGACACUGAAAAUGAUAAAGUGGGUGAAAAUAAAAGUUAAAUAUUGGUAAAAAUACAAGGAAAAUGUAAAUUUUCUGCAUUAUUUCAAAAGCGUUGGAACAGUUAACCACCUUCUGCACAAUAUUUUGUGUAUGUGUGUGUAUUUGUGUGUUUUGUUGUUGUUGUUGUUGCUUUUGCUAUUUAUAAGAACAUGUUGCAAAAAUCUUAUGUCAUUAAAUUUGCAGCACUAGUCACUUUCAGAGUACUCCUUUUUAUGGGUUUUUGAGAACAAUUGUUUUUCUCCUAAUACACAUGGGUUAGUCCCUAACUAAAACAAAAUAUAUUCAGUGGAAUGUACAAAAUGUAAUAAUAUAGAUUAAUAUCAGAAACAAAUUUCCACUAAUUUCACAUCCCACGAUUUUCAUAGCUUUACAUAAUUAUUGUUUUGUAUGUAAACUUUCAUUCAGUUUUAUACUGAUAAUACACUAGUGUAAUAAAGCUUUGACGUCGACGUCGUUUAUAGUUUAUGUGACGUUGGUCAAAUUGACUGGUUUAAAAGUAAAAGAAAGCAGCAUUUUUGAGGAGACGUUGGUCAAAUUGACAGUUUUAAUAGUUAAAGAAAGUAGCAGUUUUGAUAUUUCGGCAGGAAAAGCUAACAUAUGAUAAAAAGAAUAUAAAGUUUGUGACAUUCCACAUUGCAUUUAGUAAACUCGCAUUUUAUUAUUUCAUUUAACUCGUUUAAUAAAUUCAAUAUAAACAGACACUCAUGUUAUAUCCUUUAUUUAAAACCUCCGGUGUAUUAUUUCGGACAAGAUAAGUGUCUUUACAAUUAACGCUUGUGGGAAAAGCCUUGAUAAUAGUUAUACUGGUUUGUUAAAUUUCUUAUAAUUUUACACGUAUUUGAAUUGGUAAGAUCUUGUUCUCCGAGGUGAAGAAUAAUGGUACUAGGUCCCAUUUCUUGGAUGAGGCCAUAUUCAUACUGCUGUGGAGUCGUCAACUUUUCAUUCCUGAAAUAACAUUCCUAUGCAUGUUUAUGCUUUUUCAAAUUGACAUUGCAUCUUUUCGAUGCUCUAUCCCCAGACCAAUACUUCCUCGAAUAGUACAGACAGCUGGUAUAUUUGUUGUGCCGGGUCACGUAUCAAAUGGCAUCUUCACUACGAUACACACUAAGUAAGGUCCAGCUUCACUUUGUAGUUAGGUGAAACUUAUUUCUUUUCUUCGUUAGACUUAAAGAAAGCUUUAGAUCUAGUGACUGAUAACUGCCAUGUAUGAGUCUUUUAAAGGGUUUCCCGAUACCUUAGUGAAACAAGUGCCUGAGGGCCCUCAGCAGAUGUCUCAAUAUUUAGAGAAGCAUCUUCUUCUUUUAUCGUAGCUUAUUUGAUGGCAGAUGAAUAAUGUGACGCAUUACGAGAAGCCCUUCUUCGUCUGUAUAUGGAACUUCGCCCACUCGAUGGUCCGUCUGUUAUUGCAAUGACGAUGAAAGAAGAUCCUGUCAUCAAAUGCUAGGCAUUUCAGUCUAAACUGGUCAUAUCAAAAUCAUAGAUACUUUAAAAACUAUUUAGAAUUUGAAAAUAAAAAAAACUGCGAUAUGAAUCUGGAGUUGUCACCGUGAAUCAGACAUGAUUGGCUAUAUCUGUAGCAAGAACAACUCUUUAUACUCCUAAUUGUCUUUAUUAUUGCAUUUUUGUAAAUUUCACUGAAUAUAUUUUGUUU